CGAAAAGCAAAGAAGGGUCUCUCCAGCCUCCCCUCGCCGCUCCUCCCCUGAUCCAGCUCGGAAGAGGCGGUGCCAGGAAGUGGAUGAGGACCCGUCAUGUGCAGGAACAGAGUGUUCUGAAGAGUAACAAAAAAUAGAAGAGACUUAAACUGCAGGUACAGUAUACUAUUUACACUGAAGGAUUUUGUGCGUGGACACAAAAGUGCUGACAACUCAAAUGGAUCCCGUGGAACUGAGAAAUGUCAACAUUGAACCUGAUGAUGAGAGCAUCAGCGGAGAAAGUAUUCAGGAUAACUACACGAGGCUGGGAAGUUCACAAAAGGCAGAAAUAAACAGUCAAUUUGCCAAUGAUGAUGCUGAAAGUCAGAAAUUCCUGACAAAUGGAUUUUUGGGGGAGAAGAAGCUGGCAGAUUAUGAUGAUGAACAUCAUCCUGGACACACCUCCUUCGGAAUGUCUUCAUUCAACCUGAGCAACGCCAUCAUGGGCAGUGGGAUCUUAGGCUUGUCCUAUGCAAUGGCCAACACAGGAAUCGUGCUUUUUGUAAUCAUGCUGCUUUCCGUAGCAAUAUUAUCACUCUAUUCUGUUCAUCUUUUGCUAAAGACUUCCAAGGAAGGAGGGUCUUUAAUUUAUGAAAAACUAGGGGAAAAAGCAUUUGGAUGGCCUGGGAAAAUUGGAGCUUUUUCUUCCAUUAUACUGCAGAAUAUUGGAGCAAUGUCAAGCUAUCUCUUUAUCAUUAAGUAUGAACUGCCUGAAGUAAUCAGAGCAUUCAUGGGACUUGAAGAAAAUACCGGAGAAUGGUACCUCAAUGGCAACUACCUCAUCAUAUUUGUGUCUAUUGGAGUCAUUCUUCCACUUUCUCUUCUUAAAAGUUUAGGUUACCUUGGUUAUACCAGUGGAUUUUCUCUUACCUGCAUGGUGUUUUUUGUCAGUGUGGUUAUUUACAAGAAAUUUCAAAUUCCCUGCCCUCUGCCUCUUCUGGACCACCAUGCUGGAAAUGUGACAUUCAACAAUACACUUCCAAAGCACUUGGUAAUGCUACCUAACAAUUCUGAGAGUAGUGCUGUGAACUUCAUGAUGGAUUACACCGACCAGAACCCUGCAGGGGUAGAUGGGAACCAGGCCCAGAGCACCUUUCAUGGCAGUGUGAUAGAGUUUGAAGCCAACGAUGAUGACAAGUGUCAACCCAAAUACUUUGUAUUCAAUUACCGGACGGCCUAUACAAUUCCUAUCCUAGCAUUUGCCUUUGUAUGCCACCCUGAAGUCCUUCCCAUCUACAGUGAACUUAAAGACCGGUCCCGGAGGAAGAUGCAAACAGUGUCUAAUGUUUCCAUCUCAGGAAUGCUCAUCAUGUACCUGCUUGCUGGCCUUUUCGGCUACCUAACCUUCUAUGGAGAAGUUGAAGAUGAAUUGCUUCAUGCUUACAGCAAGGUGUACACGUUUGACACACCUCUGCUCAUGGUACGCCUGGCAGUCCUUGUGGCAGUAACACUGACUGUCCCCAUUGUCCUCUUCCCAAUUCGUACAUCAGUGAUCACACUGUUAUUUCCAAAAAGACCCUUUAGCUGGAUAAGACAUUUUCUGAUCGCACUCAUAAUUAUUGUGGUUAAUAAUGUUUUGGUUAUCCUCGUGCCAACUAUAAAAUACAUCUUUGGAUUCAUAGGGGCUUCUUCUGCUACUAUGUUGAUUUUUAUACUUCCAGCAGCUUUUUAUAUUAAACUUGUCAAGAAAGAAUCUUUUAGAUCACCCCAAAAGAUUGGGGCUUUAAUUUUCCUUGUGGUUGGAAUCAUCUUCAUGAUUGGAAGCAUGGGACUCAUCAUAAUGGACUGGAUUUAUGAUCCUCCAAGUUCCAACGGGCAUCACUAACCAAGGAAAAAUACUUUUCUUUUUCUAUUGAAAAUGGUUGGAACUUAUGCUGCAAAAGACAUUUGCAUUUUCUUUGUUCAAAUGUUAUUCAUAGGAAAUGACAGAAAGAUCCCAAAGACGUUUGUUUACUAGUAAGAUCACCAGCUACCUGCAUAAGAAAAAAGAAUCAUUUUUAUCAAGAACUCUGCUCAUGACUUUAAAAUCUGUGGUGCAUAUUUUUACCCGGUUUUACUAGAGCAGUGUGAGAUGAUGCAUUUUCUUAUUCUCUACAGCAGAAAGAAAAGGAUAACCGCUGUAAUAGUCACCACUUUACCCACCACUUUCCCCCACCAAAAAAAAAGAAGAAAAAUAUUUGUACUCUCAAAAUAUCAGCUAAAAUGCCCUGAUGGCAAAAUAAUCACCACUUAAUUCUUUCUAAGUUCACAUCAAAUACUCUACAUCUAUUCCUUGACAAAAGAAAAAUGCAUCUUAAACUGUCCAUGGAAGGUGCAAGAGCAGCCAGACACCAAGUAGGGCAUCUAAUGUCAAUAGUGAAGGAAGGAUUUGUCCACCUUCUUUGUUACAUUGUCUUAGUGAUUUCAUUCAAAAAAAUUGUAAAUGUUAAAUAUCUUGUUAAACAUAGAGAGAGGAGUUUCAUUUAAGUUACACAGCAACAACAAAAAUAACAUUUAUAGCUGAGCUGCUUGUUCUGAGAGCAUUUGUUGUUUAACAUUUUGAAUCCUCUUGUCAUAAUUUCUGUCACUGAACAAUGCUCUCCCUCUCGUCUUCCAUUAUCAAUCAGAAUUUUUAGAAGACCAAGAUUCAUGUGAACAUAAACUACCCAGUAUUUUUUGGUACAUUUUUGAUAAACAUUCAGUGCAGGAAACUGUGAUUUACUUAUGUUUAUGUAUAUAAUUUUAUUAUGUAGUCAUCUGAAUUUUAAAGUAUGGUACAUUGAUUUUUAUUUUUAUGUGUGUAGUUUCUCUCUUCUCAGCCAAUACAUUUAUUUUAUUAGGGGUGGGGCAGGGAAUCAAGUUGAUGAGCUAAAACAUCCAUUUGUAUAUAUCUGUCUGUUGGGGAUAUCUCAAUUUUAAAGCCUAAGUUACAGAGAGUUCAGUGAUGCUCUUCAAUGUUUACAAUAAUAUAAUCACCUAGAAGAAAAAUGCAACUCAUGUCCUUAUUUAAAAAUAAUUACCAAUACUAAGAUUUCUUUUAAUCUAGCAUGUCUUAAUAGGACUUUAAAAUUAAGUUUGCUGACGUUGAUUUGCUAGAACUGCACAAUACUGAGUGGCUCCACAUGAAAACAGGAGUUCCAGUCUUACAAAGAAAGGCAAACUGUCAUUCAUCCUCACCUCUGUAACAUCUAAAGAUAAAAUGGCUUUAAAAUUAGUUUCUGCUAAGAAUUUCUGAAGUUUAGCCAAAGGCCCCAUGAUGUAAUGGUUAGCACUCUGGACUCUGAAUCUAGAAUUUCUGGAGUUUGCUACUCUAAAAAAAAAAUAGCAAGGGCUAAAGAGAUAGUACGUAAUAAGGUACUUGUGUUUUACACAGGCAACCAGGAUUCAAUUCCCAGCAUCCUUUAUAGUCCCCCACACACUGCCAGGGGUGAUCCUUGAGUGCAAACCAAGAAGUAAUCACUGAGCAUCAUGAGAAUCACUGGAUGUGACCUUCCCAAAAAAAGUAGCAAGAAUUUUGUUGUAUAGUUAAUAUUUAGCAAAACUAAGUUUGAAGCACAAGUAUAAAAGUAUGAUAAUACUAAAUAAUAUUUAAUAGAUUUUCUGAAAUGUGCCUUAGAAAAUGUUUUAUGUAUUAUUUUCUAGAGGCAUGAUACUGGUGCACUUUGUUAUAGAUAUUGAGCAUUACUAGAAACUUUCAUAGCUUUUGAGUUGCUACGUACUGGAAAAAAGACAAAUAGCAUAUUUAAGGUAUUUUUCCCACUUCAAUCAUUGGAAGGUGUAUCAAAAUAGGAAGUAAGAAUAACUUCUGAGGGUUAAAAAUAUCUCAUCUAAAUGUAUUUAAAUGUAAAUAUAAAACAUUAAUGAAAAUGGAAAACUGUAAGAUCUGUAUAUAUUUUGAAUGACUAACUUGAAAAAUAUCAAAUCUGUAAUUAUACCAACAUUCAAGAGCAAUACUAGUGCCAAAUAAGAAACCACCAGUUUUUUCCUCAUUACUAUUUUCAGGAUUGGAAUAUACAUAGACUGCAGGUCAGAUAUACAUAGGGCAUAUUGUACUAGCUAAUUUAACCCCAUUUUUAAACAGAUGAAAAUUUUAUUUUCUUAUUUCAUUUAUAAGAUGGUUCAAUGUAUUAGAAGGCUUUUUUAUUACAGAAAGUGUAUAUUCAUAUAUAAUAAAUGAAUUAUUCAAAUGACUGAUGUCUUAUAAAAAGGUGUGAAUUAUUUUUAUAAAAUUUAACAUCUAAAUACUUUAUACUAUCAGUAGUCCAAUUUUCACUAUUAUUCUUGUUAUCUAACAUGGAUCUAUAACUAAGACAAAAUAGCUGUUUUAUUUUUGGCAAAGUAAAUAAUCCUAAAUUAUGUUUAUUUUAUGUCACAUAUGCAUACAAUUCCCUGGAUGAAUAUAAAAAAAAUAGUUCUCCUUAUGGCAAACCACUUUGAUGUUUUUCUUUCCCCAAAAUCUUCUAUGUCUUUAUUUUUCAAUAUUCAUGCUUCUUAUCUAUCUCUUUUUUUCUUUUUUUCUUUUUGGGUCACACCCGGCAAUGCACAGGGUAUACUCCUGGCUCUGCACUCAGGAAUGACUCCUGGCGGUGCUCAGGGGAUCAUAUGGGAUGCUGGGAAUUGAACCUGAGUCAGCCGUGUGCAAGGCAGAUGCCCCACCCGCUGUGCUGUCGAUCCAGCCCUGUUUCUUAUCUAUCUUAAGCAAAAUUUCCCUAAAGUGGUAAAGGUCAGGUAAAGAGAUUCUGCCACUUCAUCUUUAUUGGGAAAACAUGAGUUUCGCUUGCUCCACACUCUUAGAAACAUGGCAUUGUUAUUUGUUCUUAAUGAGUGUGAGAUAUCUCAUUUUGAUUUUCAUUUCUAUUUCUAAAAAUUAGUGCUGAAGAGUUUCAUGUGUUAAGUGGUCAUUUGUCAAUCUCUUUUGUGAAGUGUCUAUUCAAAUCCUUAGCUCUAAUUUUUAAAAUUAGCUUGUCUUUUUAUUACGAAUUUCUCAGAGCUCUUUAUGUAUUCUGUCUAUGUGUUAUUUAUUAGAUUAUGAACAUAGUUUACUAGUCUGUGGGAAUGCCUACCCAUUUUUCUUAAAUGUGUCUUAAAUCCAUGUGUAUGCAUCUGUCUUAGUAUUUCUUGGACCAAAUCUUCACAGCUUGAAAUUUUGUAAUUCAUGAUUUACUAGGAUAAGAUUAAUUGGAAUGGCAUUGUUGUAACUAAUGAAUGACUAAGUUUUCAAACUUGAAGGGUAUGUCUCCUUUCUUUUCCAUUUUUUUAAAAGUGAGCUUUAUUUAUACUUAUCUGGUUCUUGUUUUCAUAAAUAUAUUUGAUUUGAAAUAACAUGUCUAAGUCUACUUGAAUCUUGGUUAUGAGGCCUAGAACCAUUAGUCUCAGGAUAUA